AAUUUAGUUUCCACCGUUUUGAACAACGCCUCACGAUCAAUCACCACAAAAUCAUAGCCGUGUAGUGUACAUUGAUGGGAAACGAAUCGAUCACCACAAGUUCUUAUGCGCAUUUCAUGCUGCUGUUUCCUUGCUAUUGUCUUCCAUUCGUUCAGCGAUAAGAGACCCCUUGUUGACCGCAUAUACUGCCAAUUAUAGACGCCUAAUUAGCCGCCGCCAAUCAUCGCCGCCUUCGUCGCCAUGUCGGUGGUUAAGUUUGCUGAUGCUUACUUUGAUCGGGCUGCGGUACCAAUCGCACGGGGCCUCCUUUGAUCUCGGCAGUGAUGUGAAUGGAUUUGAGUACGAUUACGGUGGUGUUUAUUACGGCGAAGAUUUCACUGCGGAGGGUACGACAGUGACCGAGCCGCCGGUUACUGUUACCGAAACGACUGAAGAACGGGAGACGGCUGAGGAAUUGGUUUUCACGACCGAGACUGAGACUGCCGCCGGGAGCGAUUUCUACUGCCAGGAGGAUUUGUGUUUGCAAUAUGAUUUCACCGGACAAUUAGUAGCUAAGAAGCACGUGGCGUGCGGUCACGAUAGAUCGUUUGCGGAGGAUUGCCCGGUUGGAAGAACAUUGUUCAAGAUUGAUCCGCAGAUUAGAGCAUUCAUUCUUCAUUUGCACAAUGAGGCGAGGAAUAGGCUUGCCAAUGGGUCUGUCAGCGGGUUCGAGAGUGCGCUCAGGAUGCCAACUGUGGAAUGGGACGAUGAGCUUGCAGAGUUGGCCGAGUUAAAUGCUAAAAGCUGUCAGUUCAAGCAUGACGAGUGCAGAAAUACUGAUUUGUAUCGGCAAGCAGGUCAGAAUCUUGCACUUGGAUACUAUCCUGUUGCAGAGGACAUUUUCGAUAUUUUGGAAAAAUUGACUAACCUGUGGUUCAACGAAUAUAAAGAUGCUACCCAAGAAGUGAUGGAUGAAUACAACAAUCUGCCAAACGUCACGAUUGGUCACUUCACCCAGAUGGUGAGCGAUCGAACCACAAAGAUCGGUUGCGGAAUCGUCAUCUAUCCGAAGAAGGUUUCCGGAUUCACGUUCAAGGUGGUGCUGUACGCUUGCAACUAUUCGAUAACGAGCAUUUUUGGACAGCCAGUGUACAGGAAAGGUCCGUCGGCGGCCAGUUGCACUACGGGGUCUAACGAAUACUACGAAAGCUUGUGUAGUACAAGUGAAAACCAGUUGGUUAAAUCAGUGCCUUUCUACGAUAUUUAA